GGACGUAUUACAUGAAACACAUAAUAUGGUUUGAAAUUGAAAUUACCACUACGAGAAAAUUCAUGGAGACAGACACGGAUCCAUCACUCUGCGCUGCUUGAUCACGUGAAUCCAUUCUUGUUUCGGCAGAUCGUUGAAUUGUUAUUCACAGGGAAGGAUUGAUCGAUCGAUCGAGCAAUGGCGGGCGCCGCAUCAGGCCUGUUUAUUCUGGACAUAAAGGGACGCACCAUAAUCAGCCGUGAUUAUCGCGGCCUGGUCUCCCCCGCGCAGGCCGAGAAGUUCUUCUCCAAGCUCAUUGAGAAGGAGGACGAUAUAGAAUCUCAUGGUCCCGUCUGCUUUGAAAAUGGGGUGAGCUACAUGUUCAUCCAACACAAAAAUGUGUACUUGAUGACUGCGUCGAGGCAGAACUGCAAUGCUGCAAGUAGUCUUUCCUUUUUGCAUCGAAUGGUAGAUGUUUUUAAGCAUUACUUUGAAGAGCUGGAAGAGGAAUCUUUAAGAGACAACUUUGUUGUUGUGUAUGAAUUACUUGAUGAAAUUAUGGACUUUGGCUAUCCUCAAUUCACGGAAGCUAAGAUACUCAGUGAAUUUAUCAAGACGGACGCUUAUAGAUUAGAAGUUGCACAGAGGCCUCCAAUGGCGGUAACAAAUGCAGUUUCCUGGCGCAGUGAAGGCAUAUUUUACAAAACUAAUGAGGUUUUUCUUGAUGUGGUUGAAAGUGUUAAUAUUCUAGUCAACAGUAAUGGACAAAUAGUCCGUUCGGAUGUCAAUGGAGCACUAAAAAUGCGCACUCGUUUAAGUGGCAUGCCGGAAUGCAAGCUUGGUCUCAAUGAUAGAGUCUUAUUGGAGGCGCAAGAUCGAGCCACAAAGGGGAAAGCCAUUGAUUUGGAAGAUGUCAAAUUUCAUCAAUGUGUACGCCUAGCUCGGUUUGAGAAUGACCGUACAAUAUCCUUCAUACCCCCAGAUGGAACAUUUGAUCUCAUGACGUACAGGCUCAGUACACAGGUGAAACCUCUGAUCUGGGUGGAAGCUCAAGUCGAGCGAUAUUCAAGAAGUCGAGUGGAGAUGGUUGUAAAAGCUCGAAGCCAAUUCAAGGAACGAAGCACUGCGACGAAUGUGAUCAUUGAGUUGCCUGUCCCAGCCGAUGCCAUGGAUCCUCAUACCCGAACAACGAUGGGAUCUGCUAAAUAUGCACCCGAAAACGAUUCCCUCUUGUGGAAAAUCAAGACCUUUCCAGGAAACAGAGAAUACAUGUUGAGGACAGAAUAUAAACUUCCUUCUAUAGCAUCCGAGGAUGCAGCUCCCGACAAAAAAACUCCAAUUAACGUCAAGUUUGAGAUACCGUACUUCACAGUCUCCGGUAUUCAGGUUCGCUACCUUAAGAUCAUCGAGAAAAGCGGGUACCAAGCGCUGCCAUGGGUGAGGUACAUAACCAUGGCUGGACACUACGAACUACGGCUUCUGUAAGCCCCGGAAACUGCUUUUGGCACCACAGGUUUGCAAAAAUCCUUUUUCUCAAUCCCAUGUCUGAAUUUUAUUUUAUUUUUUCGAAUUUUUGAUGAUAUAGAUUCUUACAUUCUUGUACUGAUCUUUGCUAGUUUCCAUCCAGCAUAUGUUUAUAUGUUUAACCCGAAAAUGAGAACACCAUUUUCAGUCUACCUAGUACUCUUGAUCUUCU